UAUAUGGAUAUGUAUGUUUAACUGUGUGCGUAUUGAUGCACUCCUUUUUUUCUCAAAAGGGUCAGGCCUCCAUGUUUGUGCUCACGGGAUGUUUACAGUCACAUAUUGUUUUUGUUAAAUUCUUAGCAGCGAGAUGGCUGAAGGGAUCAUGUCAUGGAAAGUCCAGCUUCAUGUUGUUAGUAACACUGCCAUGAGGGGGACAACAGGCCCUGCUUCUGCUGAGAUGGGUGAUAGUAAGAGGGGGCGGUUGGUGCGGGGAUAUAAAUGGCUGAUCCAGUACAUUUUGACGAGACAAUGGAGACGUGGGGAAGAAUAGCGCCUGGAAUACUACAAGUUUAAUGCCCACGAACUUCUGCGGGAUAGACGAAUGUAUCCUUGUGCAGGCUCCAGACAUACUGACAUUGUAGAGACAUGAUAGAUGGUAAAUGGGUUUUCUGGUUCAUGGUUUAUUUAAGCCUUAUACCUUGGCUAAAAGGAAUAUUCAGUCCUGAUUGGCUAGAGGCUAUCAAUUAUCCAUGUCUGUUUUAUUUCUGUAUAACUGAACACCCUAUGAACAAUUGCGCUGUUGCUCCUAAAAACUAAUGUUCCAGAAAGCACAGAGCAUUUAGUUUCAGCUACGCAGACGCACAAUGACCUGCUUUUUCAAGUGAUCUCUGAAAUGCUCAAGAAUCAUGCGGAGAACAGUCCUUUAAAACAGCGUAGUUUAGUCACAAAGUUGUUUCUGUAGCGUUGCUACAGCCCAGCUUGUUUGCCUUAACAGGGCCGGCAGCAACGCAAUAUCACCUGCUUAAGAAGAUCUGUUUGUGUUUGUGUUGGUAGUAUCAAAGUCUGCAGGAAAAAAAAAAGAAAAGAAGAUAUACGCUAGAACAAGGGAGAGAUGACAAAGCAGUCAUAUGCUUUCAGGUGCAGCUUUUUAUCCAGUUUGAGAAUAUAAAUGUCUACAAAAUAAUUUGGUAGCUCGCAAGCUUGCUGGCAGGCAUCAGGUGCGAGUUGGCAAGCUGCUGUGUGGGAACAAAUUUUCACUGGCUCAAGUAAAGAAGCCUGGUAUUAAAUGGAAGAACAAAAAAAAAUCAGAUUAUUACCUGAAAUAGAAACUAGAACAAAUCAGUUUGCGUGUUUUGUAGUUUUCCAUUUGAGCCCACGCCACUCCCACCGCUCUUGUGCGAUGAGAGAAAAUGAAACUGAACUUAGCACUUGGUCACAUUUUUGUAUCCUAAAGUAAGAAGAAAAAAAUUAUAGGUUAACAGAUUCCGGUCCGAGCUUAGCAGUCUUGUUUGUGCGAAGAAAUGUGAAGCCGGGGCCCUGUCCUUGCUCUACAUACUUGAGCUCUUCUUCAUCCGUUGUCAUGCGUACCAUGUCACUGGAACAGGAUGUGAUCUGGCAGAGUUCUUCCUGAGGUGAAGCUGAUGAAAUACAUCUGUAAACAGCUGCAGUGCAAGCAGAAAGUGCCAGAGACAGAGAGGCCGGAGGCCCUCGACAGCUACCCACGCUUACGAGACUGGCUACGCACCAUCAACCUGCGACCAGAGCUCACCGAGGCUGUAGAGGCCAAGUUGUCGCUGGAUGCUUUACUGCAGAUGUCAGGUGCUCAGGUGAGAGAUACGAUGCGAAGACUAGGGUCCAGUUCAGAGGAACGUGCCAGGCUCAGUGCUGCCCUCUCCUGUCUGAAGAGCGCCACUGAAUCAGGAGGUGAGCUGAGGGAAGACAGCAGUCCCUGGUUGUCUGAGCCCACCAGGAGGGACAGUGGCUCUCUACUGACCGCAGACCAGCUCAGCAACCUGGGGACGCCGCUCCGCCCUCACAGCCCCUCGCCUCUCGCCCGCCCAUCCACCAUCCAGUCCACCCCAUCCACCCCCUGCGCCACCUUCCCUCAUCCCCGCUCGGGCUCGGUGUCGGCGGUGCCCACACCGGACGCGCUGGCGUGCCACCUCCACGGCGACAGCCCUCUCACCGAUCCGUUCCCCAUGUCCUUCGCUCGCACGGCCCGGCUCCACGGACGCACCUCCACCCCGCCCAUAACCCCGCCUUCAAAGAGACGGCACCGACUGAAGCCCCCCUGCACCCCUCCGCCUCCGUCCCGCAAGGUGCUGCAUCUGCUUCCCAACAUCACUCUGACGCGCAGCAAAAGCCACGAGUCCCAGCUGGGCAACCGCAUCGAGGAUCCUCCCACCAACAAGUGUGUUAAAAAGAAUAAGCUGUUCCUGAACAUGCAAGUGAACGGGAACGGCUGUGAGGACUCGCCUUCUCGUUACCCCGUCGUGUCUGCACGGACGCCUGGGGUCACCCCGGUCGCCACCACAGCUUCUUACACCCUCCCUGGAACGCCCACCCUGCUGGAGGAGCACAGCACAAUUAAGAAUAAUGUAGCAGUGCAUCGCAGUUCCCCACAAGCAGUGAGGAGGGACAUAGGUCUAGCAGUCACGCACAGGUUUUCUACCAAGUCCUGGUUGUCCCAGACAUGUCAAGUGUGCCAGAAGAACAUGAUGUUUGGGGUUAAGUGCAAACACUGUCGAUUAAAGUGCCACAACAAAUGCACUAAGGAAGCUCCAUCCUGCAGAAUCUCCUUUCUACCAAUCACCAAAAUUCGGAGGACGGAGUCAGUUCCCUCUGAUAUAAACAACCCUGUGGACCGACCGUCAGAAGCGCCGCAGUUUGGCACGCUACCAAAGGCCAUUACGAAAAAGGAUCAUCCUCCGGUGCUCAACCAGCUGGACUCCAGCAGCAAUCCGUCCUCCACCACCUCAUCCACACCUUCCUCACCGGCACCCUUCCAGCAGAGCAACCCCCCCAGCGCCACUCCGCCGCCCAACCCGUCACCCAAAGGCCACCGGGACAGCCGCUUCAACUUCCCAGAUGUUUCCAGUCCUGUAAAUUUGCACUCUGAUGUCCUCCAAGACACAGUCAAUGAGAUAGAGCAAUCAGCGGAUGACAUACAUGCUGAGCUGGUAGAGGAUGAAGACGAAGAGGAAGGGGAUGAGGACAUUGAAGUUGAAGAUGAAGACCCUGAAGCAGAAGACGAGAAUGACGAAGAAGAUGAUGAGAACGAUGACGAGGGGGAAGAUGACGACGAAGACGACGAGGAUGACGACGACGACAGGGAGGAGAUCAGGAUGAACGUGUGCUCAGACGGCGAGUGCGACGAGCUGGAUGAUCUGCCCAGCUCUCGGGGAAACCAGUGGAAAGGCCCCAUCUCCCGCAAGGCCAGCCAGACCAGUGUCUACCUGCAGGAGUGGGACAUCCCGUUUGAGCAGCUGGACCUCGGAGAACUCAUAGGAAAGGGCCGCUGGGGCAAAGUACAUAAGGGUCGGUGGCACGGUGAGGUAGCCAUCCGACUUCUUGAGAUCGAUGGGAACAAUCAGGACCAUCUAAAGCUGUUUAAAAAGGAGGUGAUGAACUACAGGCAGACCAGGCACGAGAACGUGGUUCUGUUCAUGGGGGCCUGCAUGGCUCCACCCCACCUCGCCAUCAUCACCAGUUUUUGCAAAGGAAGGACGCUGUAUUCGGUUGUUCGAGACACUAAAAACACUUUGGAUAUUAACAAGACGAGACAAAUCGCUCAGGAGAUCGUAAAGGGAAUGGGCUAUCUGCACGCCAAAGGCAUUGUUCACAAAGACUUGAAAUCAAAGAACGUUUUUCACGACACCAAUAAAGUCGUGAUCACAGACUUCGGGCUGUUUGGGAUCUCUGGAGUCGUUCAGGAGGGGAGGCGGGAGAAUAAACUAAAACUUCCACAUGGCUGGAUUUGUUAUCUCGCGCCAGAGAUUGUGCGUAGGAUGAGCCCAGGUAACAACGAGGACCGCCUUCCAUUUUCCACCGCGGCGGAUGUGUACGCCUUCGGCACGAUUUGGUAUGAGCUUCAAGCUAGGGACUGGCCAAUCACCAACCAGCAUGUGGAAGCUACCAUCUGGCAGGUGGGGAGCGGAGAGGGCAUAAAGAAGGUUUUGGCGGAGAUCAGCCUGGGCAAGGAGGUCACUGAGAUCCUCUCUGCCUGCUGGGCGUACGACCUGAGAGAGAGGCCGACCUUCACCCAGCUGGCCGACAUGCUGGAGAAGCUGCCCAAACUCAACCGCAGGCUGUCGCACCCCGGACACUUCUGGAAGUCUGCAGAGUAGGUAUCCUAGAAAUGGAGGAGGAUGUGAAGACACUGGAUACGUGAAAACCACAAAAAAAUCUAUAUUUCUAAUUGUGUAUGUUCUUGUGGUACAAUGUUCUGUCAGCGAUGAUCCUCUUAGUCUUUGAUUCCAAACUCAAAACAAUAUGAGAUUGAAGCAGAGUUGUUUUCAGCCUGAUGGUCGCACAGACUUAUUUAUGUAUAAAUAAGAUUCAUAAAUGGGUAUUUGUCUGAUAUAAAUUGCACUUUGUCACCACAACAAAGCAGAGCUCCUCUCGGCUCGGCUGUUGCUCGCUCUCAGACGAAAUGUGAACUUCGUGGUGUAUAUAUGUAAAUGUGACUUUUAAAGUUUAAUUUAUUCUUCGUCACACAAUGCUCUCGUCUGAAAUGACGCGGUUUUGACAGUAAAAGGUGUCACGGGGCUUAACCGUCACUGUCUCAUAUAUGUAGAGUUUUGAUAUGUGAGCAGCAGACUGUGGCGCUGUAGCGGGUUGUUGUCAUAGCAAUUUAUAAGUUCCUUACAAACAAGGCUGCCAGGGACGGGACGAGUGACUUUUACGACACAGACAUAGAGUUGCACACUUCUUUAAUCACUUUACUUGCUGUCACCUAGGUAUAAAUUAGGGGCCAACUGAACUUUUUCAGGACCAGUACUGAUUAUUAGUCAUCAAGGAGAGCUAUCAUUGAUGUACAUCUGCAGCAAAAAUGAAAAUCGUGGCAUCAAAGUUUAAAAUAACCCAAAAAAGGCCUUUUGUUUAUUUAUGCUUUAACUAAAAGAGAGCUUUAGUGUUGAUAGUGACUAUAAACAGGCUGAGGUGGCAGCAUCAGAGCCUACACAGUGCUUUGAAAACUUUAAUCUGUUAAAGAGGACAUAAUGGUACCAGUAAUGAGAAAAAAUGCAGAAAAUCAAAUCCAGUAAUCAGCCAGACCCAUAACUGGUUGAGUUUAAAUCUGGGACAUGCCGUCUGAAGUUUAGAGUAACAACCCAAAGUUCCAAACCCAGUUGUACAAAAAGUAGAGUUUUGUGAAAAUCAUUUGCUCCAUAAUCCUGCACAUUUCUGCACCACAUUGGAUUUCAUCAUCUUUCCAACUCAGACCAGCUUUUCCACUUCACGCAUCUUCUGUUUUAUCUACAUGACUUCAUCACGGCUCCACUGCCACGCCGCGUUUCCCACUUUUCUCUGCUUUUUUUUAUCUUGUGUUUAUUUUAUUUUUUUCCACACACCUUUAUUGCAUUUGCUUCAAGACUACUAGUAGUCGAGGGCUUCGCUAUUGAUCCUCGUACGGUUAAAUGCCAGUUCCACACAGCUGGUUGACAUUACGACAGCAGACACACCAGCAAGAAAACAAUCCAAAGCUCGGUCAUAAAAGGAUCAUAAGAUUAUGAAACAAUUCCUUUGUUGACUUGAACUAAUCUACAUGUGCGUGUGUGUCAGAUAUCUUGCUGCUUUUCAAAUGAUGCUUUGUUUUUCUCAAUGUAAGCCUGUUAAAACUUUCACUAACCGUCUAACGUUUGUGUUUUCCUUUUUGCUCUUUUCUCCCCCUUUUGUUUCUGUUUCUCUUUUCUAAUCUAGGUUGUAGCAGUCGCUCUGAAACAUAAGCAAUGCAAAACAAAAACAAACAAACAAAAAAAAAAGCCUGGGUCUGCCUUGCAUGCUCCUGAAUCCUUAACUCUUACGGGAUUGAUCAAAAGCAUUGCCUCUGCCUGAAACAAGGCACUGCUUCCACUAAUCCACAGUCUGAUCUUCCAUGUCUAACCAGUUUUUCUUGUUCGGAGGAGAGGAUCGGUGGACCGAGCUGUGGCAGGCCGGGGAUGGGGGGUGGGGGAACGGCCACCGGCCAGCUCUUUCCCCCCUCCAUCCUUUCUAAUAUCUCCCUUUGCCUUCCCUUUUUUUGGUUUUGUUCAUUCGGGACUCAUGAAUAACUGGCUUGUGGUGUCUAUGCUGGGACUGACUGGUGCGCUGUGGUCUGUGCCUGCUGAUGGCUGCCCUGUCCUCAGCCUCCUGCUCACCUCCUUCUUCUGUGCUGCUGCGAUGUGGUUGUUCUCCUCGGGGGGUCCUGACCACAUGACUCUUUUUUUUUUUCCUUCCCCCCCCCCUCCGCCUCUUUCAAACACACACAUAUAAACACACACCGCUGGACAUAAAAUGGACCCUACGACCAAAAUGGACCGCUUCAUUUAUCUACGUUUUCCCCGAGGGUUUUGACACGCGUGUUGACAGGCUGCUUGAGUGAUGCUCUCAAACCGACUGCCUCCUCUUCCCUUCGGUUUCGUAAAAAAAAAAAAAAGGGUUGCGUGACGGCAUGUGCGGAGAUAUUCGCCAGCCCGUGUCUAGACGCAAUAUGCACUUUGUCAGCAGGAAAAAAAAAAAACAUAAAAUCAUGAACUCUUUAUUUUUUGUGUGUGUGAUUUAGUUUGGGUUUUGAAUGGUCAUAUUUGCAGUGUUUUAUUUUCUCUUCAGGAGAGGCUUGGGCAGAGUGAUGAUGAUGUGUGAUACAUGUUGUCGGUUUUUGGAGCGUAAUCUGGUAAAUUCACUGUUUAAUGGACGCAUUUGAGAACAGGGCACUGAUGAGGAGUUGCUCAACGACAAGGGAAGUGAAAAGAAAUAGGGGAAAUCAACACAGGAAUAGAAUACUACUGGCUAUUUAUGAUUAAAAACUUCUUCUUUUUUUUUUGUUCAAAUAAUAAUGUCCAUCUGUUGAAGUGUAAAGUGCACCUUAAAAGAAUAUGAGUUACUUCUUUCAAGGAGUUGAGUGAGUUCAUUCUCUGCGCAAAAAAAAAAAAGAUAAAGAUAAAUCAGGAAACUGGCGCAAAAGUGUCCUAUAUCUUCCUUAAACAGUACCUCUCGUGCGCGCUUGUGUUUACCGUUUGUGGUUGCUGGCUUCAGUUGGCGUGCUUGUAUUUAUGUGUUUCGUGUGGGUGCACGUGCGACUGAGUGAGCGUACUGUGUUGGAACAUGUAGGGUUUUUUUUUUUUGUUUGUUUCUUUUUUUUUUUUCUUUUGUCGAAGAUUGCAGUAAAUGUUGUGUUGCAAAUCCAAUGGUAUGUAAUGUACAUACAUUAUUUAAUGUAUAGCAAAUUAACAUUGAUUCUUCUAAUAUUUGUACAAACAUUUUAUAUGUAAAAUACAUCACGACAUUUUUGAAUAGGUACUGCUAUGGCUAUUACAGAUGUGUAUAUAUAUAUAUUUAUAUUUUUUUCAUGUAUAAAAAAAAGGACUGUAUAAAAGCUGUACAAUUUUUUAGAAUGGGCCAAUACAUGUUUUUUAUGUUAUUGUAAAAAUUCAUAUUUUUGUAUUGCAUGUGAUUACCAUUCUGUACACGCAGUUUCUGUUUUCAUCCAUGGAAGACAAUAAAAUGAGGCUUGUCAUGUAA